AUGGUUAUCCCCGACCACAGUAAGCUUCCGCCAGUUGCGUCUCUUAUUAAUAAAUUCGAGCAGAACCCAGACGAGACCUCUGGUCAAAAUAUAAGCCGAGCUCGCAGUCCAGUCGGAAAAUUGGUCCAUAAUUAUGGUGUGGUGACUGAGCAGGAGGGGAAGCAAAAUGAAACAACAAUUCCUGGCAAAUUAGUUCACAGUUUUGGUACGACAAUCGAGCAGGCGGAAAAGCAGGAGGAAAACAAAGUGACGAUGACCAGCAUUACCAUAGAGAAAAGUGUUGAGAAUAUUCAAACGAGCGAAGAGAAGGUUGAUGUUCCCACCGAUAAUGGUAAAAUCGAUGAAGGAAACGAGACCAUCAAGGAAGAAGCAGUGAUUGAGACCUCUGUGGUUGUUGAAGAAGAACAUAAGGAAGAGGAAGUCAAGGAAAUGGAAGAAAAUAAAGAGCAGGAGGUCGCGAUUGCAACCGUGGAGGCCGAAGUAAAAGCACCAUCCUCGACUAGUCCCACCGUUCAAAAGAAAAGUACGAAGAAACCUGGCAUCUCAUCUACGUCCACACAGAAGAAGGUUUCUACUACCGCAAAUAAGCAUGCCACCAGUGUACCUAAAACUAUCGCCACCUCCACGAAUAAAAAGCCGGCUGACAAGAGUAAACUGACUCCCGGCACCACGACCGCUCGUCCAAAAUCUCCGUCCGGGAGACCCACGACCACCACUCCCACCGCAGCCAAAGUAAAAAGUACUACCAAAACAGUAAAGACAGCCACCACAACCUCACAUGCGGAAAAACCUAAACCCAACACAAGAGUGACGACCAAAACUACCUCCACCAAAAUCACGGCUCCCAAACCAAUAUCAACUUCUUCCUCGAUUCCCGAGAAGAAAAACGUGACUAAAGUUCCUCCGAGAUCCAGGCCUGCAGAUAGACAGGUUAAAAAAGAUCCCAAAGAUGGCAAACCUCUUAGUAAGAAGGUUCAAGAUAAAAAGGAUUCCACGUCACACCACCCUGAAAAAAAGGAAGAAAGCAUGAACCCUGAGAAGGACAAAGAGUCUCCUGAAGCCCACGAAACAAGUGAACAUGUCGAAAUCACAGAGACCGAAUCUCACGAACAUGAAAUCAAAGAGAAGGAAGAUAACCAUGAGGAGGAAGAUAACCACGAGAAGGAAGAUGAUCAUGAGAGAGAAGAAUUGCAUGAGAAUAACAGCGAGAUUUCUGCGACUGAAUCACACGAAUCCCAUGGAGAAGUAUCAGUAACCGAGUCACAUGAGUCCCACGAAGAAGUGUCUGUAGCCGAGUCACACGAAUCUCUUGUGGAAGUUUCGGUGACCGAAACAGAACAACCUGAUGCCGAACAUCACGCAGAGGUGGCAGAAAUUAUUGAGACCGAGGAAAAAACGGAACUUCUCACGCCGGCAAAGAAUAUAAGCCCUGACACUGAAGAAGACAUCACCACUGAAACGGUGGGUAUUGUGAAGGAACCUUGA